AGGUGAAAGGCAGUCUUCAUUGGCAAGCGACACCAAAUUCUAUGAGGGAGUAAGAUUUAAGAAAAUGGCAGAUAAUCUGAAAACAGUUAAAACUACAAUUUACCAGAAACUUAAAAUUUCUUGCACGCUAUUUUUUUUUUGUUUUUUUUUUUACCUGGAAAAAAAAAGAAAAAUCGACGCUUUUCAUUUUCACCUUUCACCCUCUUCUUUUUCUGUUUUAUUUUUAUACAUGAUUUUGUGUUUUGAUUCUGCACCAAUUUCUAGUUAUCCAUAACCAAACAUAGAAGAUGAAAUAAGAAAGAGGAAGUGAGUAAGGUUUUGGGAUUUUGUCAUUUUGAUUUACUAUAAAUGAGAGGAUUAUGAGGAUAGAUAAAUCUCACUUUUUGAUCAGAUCUAUCCAUUUCAAUUAAAUUGUGUAUUUUAUUGUUGGGAUCUAGACAAAUUUAAGUUUUGUUUAAGAAAAUAAUUAUAUAAAGAAUAGUUCUUGGAGAAGAAUUUCAAUGGCAAGUGCAGCUGUGAAGGUGAAACCAAUCAACAAGAAUCCAGCUGGGCCUUCUUCAAGUAAACCAACUAAGAAGAUUGAAACUUCAACCAAACAUUCAUCUGUUUCUGAUACCAAGAAUAAGUCAAUUCCAGGAAAAAAUGCAAAAUCUGAGGAGAAAGGGAAACCUAUUGCACCGGCAACACCUGUUAAGAAGGCUAAAAGGGAGAAGAAGGUUUACAGUUUACCGGGACAGAAAUUUGAUCCCCCCGAGGAGAGAGAACCCUUGAGGAUAUUCUAUGAAUCAUUGUCUGUACAAAUACCAACUAGUGAAAUGGCUGAAUUCUGGUUGAUGGAACACGGCUUGCUAUCCCCUGAACGAGCCAAAAAAGCAUUUGAAAAGAAGCAACGGAAGCAGAAACAAAUCAAGACGGGAACUCCAGUAAAAUUGCCCUCAUCAUCUAGCAGACCGGAGAGUUCAAAUAAGGCAAAGUUAGCGACAAAGAAUGGCGAUAUAAAGCCCAAGAAACGGGUUAUUGAAGAUAGUGAUGACGAAGUCAUUGGAGCCCCAAAAAGAAGGAAGGCGUAAGACAUGGACAUAAUAUAACACCCUGUUUCUCUUCAUAACAAAAAGUGUAUUUGUACAACAGCCAAUAAGGUUAGUUUCUCUCAUUUUAAAUACCAAAACAGAAAAUAGCAAGAGCAAAACUGCACUGUUACAAUCUUAUAGCAGAUAAAUUACCUUUUACCUUGUUUUACAUUGUUAGAUUACAGAAUAAAUUAAAAGUUACAAAAAUUGACUUUAAA